GGGCUCCGGUUUCCUCUGGACCGAGCGAAGCAUCUCUUGUCUCAGCGGCACUUUUGCGCCAGACAAGUAGGGACGAUCUCUCACUCAGCACCCAAGAAGGAGAAAACAGGGAAUUACUGAGGUGUAUUUGGCGACGAAGACUCAUCUUUCUCUUCUUUCCCCCCCUCAUUAACACGCUGGUUCGCAAAGAUGAACGCUGGCUGCGUCAUCUUGGCGUGCACCUUACUUGCGGGCGCAUCCUCGGGGAGUAAGGCAGGCCAGCCCCUCAAACCCCCAUGCAGACCAGGCUUCUCCCACAACUUCUACACGGUGAUUGUCUCCAGAGACGUGCUGCACGGCCAGAGUAUUCUCAAAGAUACCAGCCUGUCCAGCGAACGUGUGAAGUUUGAGGACUGCCAGCGCAGCAGAGAGGUGGGCUUUUUCAGCAGUGACCCCAACUUCGGCGUGAGGCCUGAUGGGACGGUGUACGCAGAGCAGGAGGUGGCCAACCUGUCAGAGCCGGUCCAGUUCAUGGUAACAGCCCGGGGGCUCCACGACCCCCACAUCUGGGAGACCACGGUUAAACUGGCCCUCGCUGGACAUCCUCAUCCUUUACCACUCACAAAGAUUGGUAUUGAAGAAAUGCUGUCAAGAGUCUGGGAGUCCCAACCCCGAAUUAUCAAGUUUCCCCGAAAACAUCAGAGGGGCUCCUCUUCCAAUGGGCUCAGGCGACAGAAGAGAGACUGGGUCAUUCCACCUAUCAAUGUACCUGAAAACUCCAGAGGACCCUUCCCUCACAUGCUUGUCAGAAUCCGCUCAGAUCAGGAUAAGGAUGUUGGCAUCCGCUACAGCAUCACCGGAGCAGGCGCUGAUCAGCCCCCGAGUGGUAUCUACAACAUAGAUCCCAUCAGCGGCAACAUGUUUGUCACCCAACCCCUGGACAGAGAGGAGAGAGCCUCCUUCCAUCUGCGCGCCCACGCAGUGGACAUGAACGGGAACCAGGUGGAGAAUCCGAUCGAUCUGUACAUCUACGUGAUCGACAUGAACGACAACAGGCCUGAGUUUCAGAACCAGGUGUACAACGGCUCUGUGGCCGAAGGCUCCAAACCAGGCUCAUCUGUGAUGCAGGUGACAGCCACAGACUCGGACGACUCCACCACAGCGAACGGCAUGGUGCGCUAUCGCAUCCUCUCGCAGACGCCCCACAGCCCCAUCCCCAACAUGUUCACCAUCAACAGCGAGACUGGAGACAUAGUUACAGUGGCAGCCGGCCUGGACAGAGAGAAAGUGUCUCAGUACACCAUCAUUGUCCAGGCCACCGACAUGGAGGGAAACCUGAACUUUGGACUCUCCAACACAGCUACAGCCCUCAUUUCUAUCACCGACAUCAACGAUAAUCCUCCAGAGCUGACAGUCAGGACGUUUUCUGGGGAAGUGCCAGAGAACAAGGUGAACGUGGUGGUGACCAACCUGACGGUGGUGGACAGAGAUCAGCCCCACAGCCCCAACUGGAACGCCGUCUACCGCAUCGUCAGCGGAGACCCGUCUGGACACUUCACCAUCCGGACUAACCCCAUCACGAACGAAGGCAUGCUGACAGUGGUCAAGCCAGUGGAUUUUGAGAUGAAUCGAGCCUUCAUGCUGACCGUGGUGGUGUCCAACCAGGCCCACCUGGCCAGCGGCAUCCAGUCCUCACUGCAGUCCACGGCGGGUGUCACCAUCUCCGUUCAGGACGUGAACGAGCCACCCGUCUUCCCCGUAAACCCCAAGAUGAUCCGCUUUGAGGAAGGUGUGCCAGCAGGGACCACUCUUACAGUGUUUGCUGCACAGGACCCCGAUCACUUCGUCCACCAGAGUGUCAGGUACUCGAAGUUAUCAGAUCCAGCAAACUGGCUAAAGAUCAACAGGACUAAUGGUCAGAUCACCACCAUGGCCCUGCUCGACCGAGAGUCCAUGUAUGUGAAAAACAACGUGUACGAGGCCACAUUCCUGGCAUUCGACUCUGGUAAGUCUGGCUCCCCUCAAGCCAGCGGGACUGGAACCCUCCAGAUAUACCUGAUCGACGUGAACGACAAUGCGCCGGUGCUGAUUCCCCGCGAGGCUCAAGUGUGCGAGCGUGCGCGUCCCAACUCCAAGGUCAACAUCACAGCUUCGGAUGCCGAUGCCGACCCCAACGUGGGGCCGUUUGUCUUUGAGCUGCCUUCCUUUCCCGCCAGCGUUCGUCGCAACUGGACCAUUUCCAGACUGAGCGGUGAUUAUGCUCAGCUGAGGUUAAGGAUUCCUUACCUGGAGGCAGGAGUGUACGAGAUUCCCAUCAUCGUGUCAGACUCGGGAAAUCCUCCGCUGACAAAUCGCUCCGUGAUCAGGGUCAAAGUGUGUCCCUGUGAUGACAAUGGCGACUGUAGCGCCACAGGAGCCGUGGCAGCCGCCGGCCUCGGUACCGGGGCCAUCAUCGCUAUACUCAUCUGCAUCAUCAUACUACUCAGCAUGGUUCUGCUGUUUGUGGUGUGGAUGAAGCGCAGGGAGAAGGAGCGGCAGGCGAAGCCCCUUCUGAUCGACCCUGAGGACGACGUCAGAGACAACAUCCUGAAGUAUGAUGAGGAGGGAGGAGGAGAGGAGGACCAGGACUACGACUUGAGCCAGCUGCAGCAGCCCGAGUCCCUCGAACACAUCAUCAAUAAGCCGUCGGGGGUGCGCAGGGUGGAUGAGAGGCCUGUGAUUGCAGAGUCGCAGUACCCAGUCAGACCCAGCCUGCCCCACCCCGGAGACAUAGGAGACUUCAUAAAUGAUGGUCUGAGGGCAGCAGACAACGACCCCACCGCUCCUCCCUACGACUCCCUGCUGGUGUUCGACUACGAAGGCAGCGGAUCGACCGCCGGCUCUGUCAGCUCACUCAACUCCACGAGCUCAGGAGACCAGGACUAUGACUACCUCAACGACUGGGGCCCUCGCUUCAAGAAGCUGGCCGACCUCUACGGAGGAGGGGACGAUGACUGAGAGCGGGGCAGGGGACGGGGCGGGGCGGGGCUGCGGCACGGGUCAGGAGAGGCGGGACUGGUUGGAUGGACGUUCCUAUGGACCACAGGCAGGGGCCCACAACAUGAUGCCGGCUCCAUGGUACACAUGUGAGGAAUGGACCCUUUACAUGGGCUGCAGUAGUUUGCUCACAGCAACCAAGCCCGCAAACAUGAAUUCCGCUGCAACGCAACUGUAUUCUGGCUUUAUACUUUGUAGUGGCGAGUUUGUAGUGUGAUUUGGUUCCUCUUUGUUUUUGUCGUUCUCUCACCGUGCUGGACCCAGGCGUCUCUGGGGACAAAUCAAGGCGGUCGUGAGAGGCACGAGUAGUGAAUUUGUGCUUUGAUUGAUUGUUUAAAACAAAACCAUCUCUUGCUUUAGUCUCACACUGAAGAGAAUGUUUUCGGGAAGUUGCUCUCUGACUCUCUCUUUAACUCUGUCAACUUGAAUUUCCUUAGAACAGAAGCACUGUCAUUUUAUAAAGUGCCUUUUGUGGUGUGUUUUUGUAUCAGACUCCUGCUAUCUCAGGAUCGGUUGCCAUUCGUGCAGUACAGUGGAGGCGCGUUCUCUCGUCGCCCCUCUGCGCUCCUCAAACCAGCCCUGCCUGUCACUCUCCUCUCUCGUUCACAGUGGUGCACAUGAACAACCCCAGCAGCCAGUCCCGGGAGGGAAGGACAGAACCAGGGCAGACUAUCGGACAUCAUAACCCAAUGAAUUAUGGCCUGAAAGAAGCCAAUAAGAGUUGUAGUGGAGAAGACGACCCUCCUCUCCAAGGACCUGCUCAGUUUGACUUUCACAAGCGUCACCUGUCGACACGGCGACAGCAACACGCUGACGUUGUGUGAGACCAUUUUUAUACAAAAUGAGGGUUUUAUAAUUUAGUGGAGAAUGCCUGCCUUUCCUCUUUGGACUCAUGACUUUAGGAGCCUUUGUGUUGAGACGCUUGCCUGCCCUGUAUGGUUUUGUGUUGCUUUCUCCACAGUGUAAAGCUUAUGUAGGCAUGAUCUGAUUAGUCAGACGGUGUAAGAAAGUGGAACUUGAAAUGACUUGGAACAACGGUAUCUAAGAACGAUUUUUUUUUUGUCGCCUUGAACAUUCCCGUUUUUUAUAGGCCAACAAAACUAUUGAAAGGUGCAUGAUUUUUUUUCCUCCAAAUGUUUUACUCGAAGCACUUGUUACUAUGUGGUGAGAAUGUGAAAAUAGUCAGCAGAAACUAUAUGAAUAUACUCUGUAUAAAGACACCAAGAAAAUAAAAAUACUGUAAGAUACAUAUUUUUGAAGUAUUGAUGACAUAAAAGUUGCUGCUCUCUCCCCCUGGCUCUACAUCGGGGCUUUGGGGGAUUUUUGGCCCGUUCAUUUUUAAUAUGUGGAUAUUUAUGUUUGUCUUCUGUUGGAGCUUUUGAUUCCAUUUGUUCAAGAUGCCUGCUUAUACAUUUGUUGUUUCAGUUUUGCUUUUUUUUUUUAUUUCAAAAACUGCUUUGUUAUACUCCUUUUAUAUAUGAAAACACACCCUUCCCCUUUCGGUCUGUAUUGUCUCUGGCAGACGUGUUCCUCCUGUUGGUUUCUGGCCUUGGGACAGUGGAAGGUUCGUUAGCCAUGCCUGCUGAUAGUUGUUCUAUUAUUCAGUGUACUGGAAUUCUUUUAUUAAUUCAUCUAGAUACUGGAUGUGUGCUUUAGAAAAUAAACAACACAUGUUUUGAAAAA